AUGAAUUGGAAAGACAGAAAUACCUUCUGUAUUAAUUUGAUUGAAGGUUUUCUUUUUUCUCGUAAGAGAUAUCUAGUGAUUUCAGGUUCUUAUUCUGGUUAUUACAUCAUUCCUGGUCAGAUGCCGUACGAUGGAUACCAUGAUUUACAUCUUCCACAUGACCCACCUUUAUACCCUACAUUAAGAAAAGUGCCAAAAACGUCGUUUUCGUGUGAAUCUCGAUCUGCUGGUUAUUAUGCGGAUAUUGAAGCGGUGUGCCAAGCUUAUCACGUGUGUAAUGAUAAGAAAAAAAUCGUCGCAUCGUUUCUUUGCACCAAUGGAACGCUAUUUAAUGAACAAUUCCAAGUUUGUGAUCAAUUUUAUAAUGUUAGGUGUGGAUCGAAAUAUUUAGACUUAUUUUAA